GUGACAAAAGCGUCAAAAAUUAAACAAACUUGCGAGGACGGUGAAAUUAUAAAUCUAUUUCUAUAACUUUGGAGUAAUAAGCUUCCUAGUUCUCGUUAAACAUUAUACUUAAAGAUAGUAUCACCAGCUUAAAACUAUUGGUUUCUUAGAAGCAAUGUUGUGGUCGCGCGUUUUGCCUGGCGUGAGGCGCGCGGGCGCUCGGCUCUACGGCGCCUUCCACGACCCGCUGGACCACGUGACCGGCAUCGAGAAGAAGGAACUGCUGGCCCAUCUCGCGGGAAACUGCGACCCCUUCCACAUACUAGCUAUUAAACGAGGGCCAGGCACCCGCGAGCGGCCUAACCUAAUGCCGAGCGCGAACCCGUCGCGGCUGAUGGCGUGCCUGUGCAACGAGCACGUCAUGCACCUGGAGUACAUGUGGCUACACCAGGGCGUGCCCAAGCGCUGCGGCUGCGGCUACUGGUUCGUGCUGUGCCCCGUCGCGCCUUUUGUAUAGAUAUUUAUUGAAAAUAAAAGAAAUAUAGACUGA